CUUUUCCAUUUUGUUUCAACCACUGAUAACUCUAGAAUAUUUUUAGGUUUUGUUCUAACGAUGGAGCUCGUGGGACCAAAUAAAAGGUCGAUGUGUGGAGUAGCAUUCCAAGGAGCCUUUGCAGUCGGAAUCAUGUUAGUCGCAGGAUGGGGAGCUCUUAUAAAAGACCGCCAGCUCCUUCAAAUUAUCUAUGGAUGCCAUGCUUUACUUCUAGUAGGACAUUUUUGGCUCAUGGAUGAAUCCCCCAGGUGGUUGUGGAACAAUGGAAGAAUAAAAGAAUCGCUAGGCAUAAUAAAGAAAGCAUUAAAGAUGAAUGGAAAUCCAAUAAAUGUAGAUGCCGCCCAAUUCGUUAGUAAAGGAAUAUCGGAGAGCAGAACAAGAGAAGAAAGAGCUGGAUUUCUGGAUCUCUUCAGAACCCCCAAUCUCAGAAAGAAGACGUUGAAUGUGAUGCUGUGUUGGUUUGCUAACGCCAUAGUGUACUAUGGGCUCUCUUUGAAUACAGGAAGUCUCCAAGGCAAUCCCUUCUUCAUAAUCUUCAUAAUGGGUCUUAUCGAAAUCCCUAGCUACUUCGUCACGGUGUACUUAAUGGAUAGAUGGGGAAGACGCUCUCUCACUUCACUCGAAAUGGUUUUAGGAGGUAUCUGCUGCAUUGUUGCAGUCAGUGUAGUACAAGGCCCGGUGUCAACAUCCUUUGUAUUCGCUGGAAAAUUCCUCAUAGCCAGUUCAUUUGCCGUCAUCUACAACUAUUCCGCUGAAUUAUUUCCUACAGUGAUACGAAGUUUCGCCAUGGGAUUGGGAGCAAUGUGUGCUAGAACUUCUGGAGCCUUGACUCCCUUCAUCACACUUUUGGAUUCCUUCGACCCCAAAAUUCCUUCUAUAAUAUUUGCAGUUAUUUCGAUAGUGUCCGGAGUGCUGGUUAUGUUCCUUCCGGAAACACUCAACAAGCCUAUGCCAGAGACCAUUGAGGAAGGUGAAUACUUUGGAGUCGGCGAUACGUUCUUCACAUCGAUUUUCAGAAAAGGCGAUAAGAACGAGAUUAGUGCAAAGGUAGAAUCUGAACAACUUCAACCAUUGAAGAAAUAGGGUUUGCCUCAAAUAAUAUCGAGGUUGUGAUUGAAGUACUUACCUAUACUCAUUUAUUCUACUUGAAUUUGUUGAUAUUGAGUGAAUUUAUUAUUAAUCUUGUACUACUCUGAAAACAUACCACUCACUUGAGAAUGAUCUAAGGAAAAUAACAGGAAUAUUUUCAUCUUUGACUCAUUAUAUUUGCAAAACGAAAGUUAUUUACUAGUAGUACAAAAAUUAGUUGAAAAAUAUUUAUAUUGUACUAGUUUUUUACAAAUUAUAGGAUUUCACGGGAAUCGAAUUCUGCGCAAUAUUGGUAAAAAUGAAAUAUCUGUAACUUGGAGAUAAAAGAAAUCAAAAGAAAAUUACUAUAUUCUACAGCAGACCCAUAAUAAAAGAUAUUUCGUGUCCUAGGUGUUCCUUUCAUAUCAUGUAUUUCGCCCAAGUCUUGGUAUCGGUCUUAUAUACCACUGGAUAGAUAAAAAAUGUUGACAUGGGAUUGAAUAAUUUGGUUUUGAUUUGAAGCGGACAUUGAGUCCUUCACCUCCAAAGUACAGUUAUAUAAAUAUUAUAAAUGAAGUAAACCUGAGAUUUACUAGUAACUGUCUUUUUUUGCUCAAAAUAUUUAGAUAAACCCCAGCCAA